AUGGUUUGUAGCAGUGCGGAUGGCUCUCGGAACCGGUUCGUCCACAGGUUGUCCGCUCCAUCAAUGACCAUGGAUGUCAAAGCAGUUGUAGAGUUCGCUGCGGUUACCAGGGGCCUCUCUCUGGUUUUGCAGGCUUUCCUGAACGCUGCCAUCCCCGACCACGAGGCGGAUGCCUUCAGCCCCCCGCGGACAGAGGAGGCCCUGUACCUGGACCCCGCGGUGGACUGGUUGUUCGGUGGCCUCUCCCACUGGGAUGCGGAGCAUUUCCUCUUCAUUGCGGAGAGAGGCUACCUCUACGAGCACAACUUCGCCUUCUUCCCCCUUUUCCCCAUCGUGCUGCGGGGCCUCGCCGAGACCCUGCUGCGGCCCCUCAGCGGGUGGCUGAGCGUGAGGGGCCGCCUGCUCCUGGCCGUGGCUCUGUGCAACAGCGCCCUCUUCCUGCUGAGCGUAGUCGCCCUCUACGCCCUGGGCAGAGCGGUUCUCCAGGACCGGCGCCUCGCUCUGCUCUCCAGCCUCCUGUACUGCUUCACGCCGGCCAACGUGUUCAUGACGGCCGGGUACUCGGAGAGCCUGUUCGCGGCCCUCACGUUCGGCGGCCUCUUCCUCCUGGAGAAAGGCUUCACGCUCAGAGCCUGCCUGGCCCUCAGCAUAGCCACGGCGGCGCGGUCAAACGGACUGGUUAACAUGGGCUUCCUCCUGUAUCUGCCGUCGCUGCGCGCCAUUUCCCAGAUCCGUGCGCUUCGGGUAGCGGCCAAAGGUCGCGGCAAAGUCCUCCGCUACGUCUGGGUGGUCGUCCGUCUCCUGCUCACCUCCCUCUUUGGGGCGGCGGCCAUCGCCCUCCCCUUCUGCGCGUUCCAGUAUUACGGCUACAGGACGUUUUGCACCCCGUCCACCUCCCUGGAGCAGAUCCACCCGGCUCUCUUGUCCCUGGGCGAGCGGAAGGGCUACCGGGUCCCGGACGAAAACGGCCCCCCGCCGCUCUGGUGCCUGAGGCCCAUCCCCUUGCUUUACUCGCACAUUCAGGACGUCUACUGGGACGUGGGCUUCCUCCGCUACUUUGAGCUGAAGCAGAUACCAAAUUUCAUUCUGGCUCUGCCCAUGGCCACGCUCGCCAUAAUGGCCGCCUACGCGUAUUUUCAGGCUAACCCAGAGCUGUGCUUGAGGCUCGGACUUUGGGGGACCAGGCUGGAGAAGCCUACACCGGGCUUCUUUAACCCCAAAGUCUUUGUGUACGUUGUUCAUUCUACGGUGCUCCUCGUGUUUGGGACUCUGUGCAUGCACGUGCAGGUUCUCACCAGGUUCAUGGCCUCCUCGUCUCCGGUGCCCUUCUGGAUCAGCGCCCACCUCCUCCUCCUCAACGAGCCGUUCCUUCACCGACGGAAAACCUCCAACCCCAACGUGCAGCUGCAGGCGGAGCCCAAAGACUGCCACGUGCACACGCCUCAGAACCCCAUCCUGGCCCUGCUGCAGCAUUUCAAGGCCUGCUCUCCCACCACUCAGAGCAUCCUGGGUUACUUCCUCUCGUACUGGAUCCUGGGCCUUGCUCUGCAUUGCAAUUUUCUUCCAUGGACUUGAUUCGUUCACAAUAACCCGGCGAUUGAACGCGAUGUUUCUGUGUGGGAGCGGGGUAUUUAUGGUGGAGGUUGCUGAGACAUCAUCAGUAGGAAUCUUUUUAACUUUUAAUAAUGGUAAAAAGGUUACACUUUGCCAGGGGGGGAUGGACAUCUGAAAAAAAUGUUGCUUUUUUUUUAGUUUUUUUUUUUUUAUGAAUGUUUGUUCGGAGAGAAAACUGUAGGACAAACUGGAAUGUUUUUUUUUUUAAAUUCCUGUCGUCACCCGAGUCCAGAUGCACUGAGAUGAAAACAAUUAUGCUGCAUUAUUCGCUAUCUGAGCUGCUUUUGCUCAUUGUAGUCCAGUAUGGUUGCAUGGUUAUGCCUUUUUAUUAUAAAAACAUGCAUCAGAGUUUAAACUAUUUGACCCCCCCCCCCAUCCCCAACACACACACUGUACUGCAUGUUAAAACAAAUAUUCAGUCUUGACAGCAUACCAUUUUUUUUCAAGCUAUGAAAAAAAUAACAGCUGUUUAAUCUUUCUCAGGUUUUAUUUAUUUUUUAUUUGAGUUUUAACCUUUUCUGAGGCACUGGCGUAAACCUUUUUGACAAUGUGUCGUUUGUCGUGAAAGAAUAUUUGUUGGCAAAAGUUGCACUGGCAUGUUGGCUUUACAUUUUAGGUUAUUAAUAAAACAUUUCUCCAAAAAAAAAAAAAAAGAAAAAGGAUCUUCGUAUUUUGUCAUCCUUGCAGAGGUAGGCUCGCUGCACUGCAAAAAAAGGAACUAAAAAUAA